GUUUGGUGAGAUACAUGAUAGGUUUUGCCUUAAUGAAAAGGGAAAUGAAGAAGUGAGAUAAGUCUACACUCUAUCCCUCCCUCCCCCAGUAAAUCGCAAACCCAAUCGAUCCACUCUUCCUUUGAUUCCUUUUUUUCAUUUCAUUACCAAACUAAAAUCCACAUCCAAACCAAAGCUCUCUCUCUCUCUUUGCUCCGACAAACCCUAGGGAAAAGAGGGGUUUCAUCUAAUUCCUCUUAAAUCUCGGUUCUUUGGUCUUGUGGGUUUUCUCGGGAUCAUGGACUCGGAAGAUGACAUGCUCGAUAUGUAUUCAGGGGAGGAUGAUUUCUAUAGCGAUGAUUACAAGGAUAGUGAUAAUGAUGAUGAUGAUGAUGAUGAUGGAGAACCCGAUUACGGGUUUGUUGAGGAAGAUGCUGAUGACUCUGCCAUGAUCGCCUCCCAUCGCUCUCAGAAAAAUUAUUGUGUUCUGAGGGAAGAAGAUAUUCUCAGGCAUCAGGUGGAUGAUAUUGAACGAGUUUCCGUCGUCCUCUCCAUCACUGAAGUCGAAGCUAGUAUUCUUCUUCGUCACUAUCACUGGAGUGUUGGUAAAGUUCAUGACGAAUGGUUUGCGGAUGAAGAGAGGGUCAGGAAUACUGUUGGCAUAUUGGAGAAUCCUGUUGUUCCACCAUCUGAUGACACAGAACUUACAUGUGGAAUCUGUUUCGAUUCAUACCCUCCCGAGAAAUUUGUUUCAGUUUCUUGCGGCCAUCCCUUCUGCACUACAUGCUGGACAGGCUACAUCACCACCACCAUUAAUGAUGGCCCGGGAUGUUUGAUGCUAAGAUGUCCUGACCCUUCUUGUUUAGCUGCUGUUGGUCAUGAUAUGGUUGACAAAUUAGCGUCUGAUGAAGACAAGGAGAAAUAUAAUCGUUACUUUCUUAGGUCUUAUAUUGAAGACAACAGAAAGAUGAAGUGGUGUCCUGCUCCGGGGUGUGAUUAUGCUAUUGAUUAUGUUGCCGGGUCUGGGAAUUAUGAUGUUUCCUGCUUGUGUUCGUUUAGCUUUUGCUGGAAUUGCACAGAGGAGGCUCACCGACCUGUGGAUUGUAGCACAGUUUCAAAAUGGAUUUUAAAGAACAGUGCUGAAUCUGAAAACAUGAAUUGGAUACUUGCCAAUUCAAAGCCCUGUCCAAGUUGCAAGCGGCCAAUUGAAAAAAAUCAGGGGUGUAUGCAUAUGACAUGCACACCGCCUUGUAAAUAUGAAUUCUGUUGGCUUUGUCUUGGUGCAUGGAUGGAUCAUGGGGAAAGAACUGGUGGGUUUUAUGCUUGUAACCGGUACGAGGUGGCCAAGCAGGAAGGACAGUAUGAUGAGACUGAAAGGAGGAGAGAGAUGGCAAAAAAUUCACUAGAGAGAUACACUCAUUACUAUGAACGCUGGGCAAGCAAUCAAACGUCGAGGCAAAAGGCUAUGACGGAUCUGCAGCAAUUGCAGACGCAUAAUCUUGAGAAGCUUAGUGAUAAACAGUGCACACCAGAAUCUCAGCUCAAAUUCAUCUUAGAAGCUUGGCUUCAGAUCAUCGAAUGUAGGAGAGUCUUGAAAUGGACAUAUGCAUAUGGAUACUACCUACCUGAUCAUGAACAUGCCAAGCGAGUUUUUUUCGAGUAUUUGCAAGGGGAAGCUGAGUCAGGUUUGGAGAGGCUCCACCAAUGCGUAGAGAAGGACUUGCUUCAAUUUCUCAACGCCGAAGGCCCAUCUAAAGAUUUCAAUGAUUUCCGGACAAAACUAGCUGGUUUGACCAGCGUAACGAAAAAUUACUUUGAGAAUUUGGUGAAAGCUCUGGAGAACGGUCUAGCUGAUGUAGACUCACACGCGGCUUGCAGCAGCAAAUCAACAAGCUCUAAAUCAACAGGUUGCAGUAGCAAAACAAGAGGUAAAGGCAAAGGAAGUUCCAGAACUGGUUGAUUAAACAAUAUAUACCAAUGUCCUCGUUAAGUUACAAAAGUCCAGAUUGGUCUUAAGAUUACUUCCAGCAGUUUCUUUGGAACACGAUCAAAGAAAAACCCCAAGCCGCACUCGCAUAGUGAUUCUUUCUCUUUAUGUGUUGUGUGAGGGUUUUGGAUUGUAGGAUUUGUGAUAAGCUUCCUACUCAUGUAUAGUGUAAAAGAAUAUGUAUGUGUUAUCUCUACACAUUGUAACUCUACUUCUGCCACCUGCUUUGCUAUGACAAUCUCUGUGAAACCAAAUCCACUGACCUCGUGUCUGGUUUUAUAGAAAAAAAAAAGCAGCUAAUGGUGUCUGCUUUGUGUUUGGCUUUA